CUUCAUAUAAUGGUAAUAUAACACGAAUAGAAUCAACAGAUAUUGGUAAAAAUAUUAAUCAAUAUAUUCGCUUAGAAAUGAUGGAAGAAGAUAUUUUAUAUUAUGAUGUGAUAAAUCAUGAUAAUUAUGAGGAUACAAUAGCUGCCAGUAGUUCAGAAUCAACUAAUAUUAGUGAUAAUAACCAAUAUGAAAUAAUAAAUAAAGAUAUUAUUUUGCUUGAUGAUAAUAAUACAAGUGAUGGCGAUGAUUUAUCGGACAAUUUAAUAAAAGGACUUCAGUUACUUUAUAUCAAGGAAAAGCAUACACUUUCAGACAAAGCAUUUAAUGAGAUCAUGACAAUUUUUGGUCUAUUAGAUGUUUCUCUUUUUAAACUUCGAAAAAACUUAGAAAACAUCAUUCCAAUUAAACCUAAACUUGUAGACAUGUGUUGGAAUUCGUGCUGUGCGUAUAUUGGAAAGGAUGUAAAUUGUAAUACAUGCUUUAUAUGUGGAGAGCCAUGGUAUAUACCUGGAAGAGUACUAAAACAACCCCAAAAGUCUGCUGCAUACUUUUCUGUAAUUGAUAGUUUAAGAAUACAGUACAAAGAUCCAUCUCGAGCUAUGAUUUUUCAAUAUCAGCAUGAAUAUAUAUCAAGUGAAGAAUACAUAUCUAAUAAUGAUAAAAUUGAAGAUGUGAUUGAUGGCAAUCAAUAUAAGUCUCUGCCACAAGGAUAUGACAGAACUAAUUAUAACCCAGAGAAUUUACCAAUGCAUACUCAUAUUAGCUAUCUUCAAGAUAUUGAAGCAAUAGAAAAUGAAAUUGGAGGAACAAGAACUAGAAUACAACGUGAACGAGAUAUAAAUGAGCAUAGUAUCUUAUUAGAGUUGCGUUCAAUUGAUUUUCCUGCAUCAUUUCCAAUAGAUAUUAUGCAUGCACUUUUUGAAAAUAUAGCUUCACAUAUGUUUC